AUGACAUCAAUGCUUCUUUGGUUUAUGGGAGCAGCAAUAUUGGCGACGACAUGCAGUGCAGAAUCGGAUAAGAGUGCCUUUUGCUUUUCGGGAAAGGCCAGAGUGUCGGUCUACGGGAAGGGGAGCAUUCUCAUGUCAGAACUGUCCGUGGGAGAUUUCGUUGUCACUGGAAAUGACAAAGAACGGUACGAGCAAGUCUAUGCCUUCGGACACUACAAGGAACGGGCAGAUCCGAUCGAGUUCCUGGCGAUUCACACCUUCCCCUUUGAUCGAAACAAGCGACCCCUCGAAAUCACCGGGCAGCACAUGGUGUAUUUGCACAACAAGCAAAACCCAGUGCGCGCAGAUUCCUUGAAAGUCGGUGAUAUUUUGAGAGGUGAUCACUACACUGGUCUGACAGUGACAAAGAUAAAGAAGGUCAAGAGAAGAGAGCAAUACGCUCCUUUGACACCCCACGGAACUCUCCUAGUUGACGGUAUUGUGGCCUCCUCCUAUAUAUCGCUUCAAGAAGACGCGAGGGAACAUAUUGAACUUGGUGAAAACGGUUUUACUGUGAAGAUAUCUCAGCGAGUUAUGGUUCAUAUGUUCCUCUCCCCGUUACGCAUGUAUUGCCUGGGCUGGUCGAAAGAACCUUGUGAUUCCUACAACGAGGACGGGCUUCCUCCUUUCGUUGCCUUCGGGCUCAACCUUGCUGACUGGGGGAUCCGGCAGAACGUGUUUGUACAGCUUAUUGGCCUCGCGGUCUUUUUCAUGAUCCUGCUGCCAGUCUAUCUAAUAGAAGAUCUGGCUGGGCCCGAGCAUGGUCCGUUGAUGCUCGUUAUCGCCAUCUUCACCCUGGUGCUCUACAAGAAGUCAAACUAUCGAGUUCGAAUCAAGAUAAGACAUCAUGGUCAAUGA